AUGCCAACAGACUCCGAAGGCGUCGCCAGGUUGUACGGCAACAUGGCCGAGUACGAGAGCACUCGGCUCGCAACCCACCCGAUGGAGCGCGAGCUCACCCUGCGGUCCAUCCGCCACUGGCUAGCCGCCUCCGUCUCUGCGCCUCCCACAGCCGCCUCGUCGUCCAGGCGGCGCAUCGCGGACGUGGGCGGCGGACCCGGCAAGCUGGCUUUCGCCCUCGCCGACGACGGGUGCCACGUAGACCUCGUCGACCUGAGCCCCGGCCUGAUCGAGCUCGCGAGGGCCGAGCAGCAGGAGCGCGCCGCCGCCGCCGCCGGCAGCAGACCGCUCCUCGCCAGCAUCGCCGUGGGCAACGCCCUGGGCGGGCCUCCAGCGGCGCUGCCGCAGGGCUCCUACGACGCGGUCCUGCUCCUCGGGCCGCUCUAUCACCUCCUGGACGAGGCGGAGCGCAGACGGGCGGUAGAGAACGCGUGCCGCCUCGCGAAGCCCCGGACGGGCCUCGUCUUCUGCGCGUUUGUGAGCAAGGAGGCGCACCUGAGGGACAUUGCUGUGCGCGACCCGGCGAGGAUCGUGGAGCAGAGGGACUUCUACGCCAAAUAUUUACUCGACGGCCAUUACCAAAGGUCCCAGGCAUCUCACCCAGUUCAAUCGUUCCACACCAGCAGUCGGUACGUCCGCGACUUUUUUGCACGCCACUUUGUCGACACGGCUGACCUCGUCGAACUGCGCUCUACCGAGGGAAUUCUGGGCGGCGGACUCGACGCCAAGCUGGUCGAUGCCGGUGACGAGAUCGUGCAGGCAUGGGCCGACCUGCUGUUUGAGAAGUACUCGGUGAACGAAGAGCACCUUGGGUGUGCCGACCAUCUGCUUGCAGUUUUGCGUAGAAGAUAG